AUGGCGUCUUACAAGCAGAACCUUCCGCCGUCGGCGGUGGUUCGUCAACAUGUGUCCCUCGCCGACAAAAAAUCUAAAGCCGAAGUUCAAAGGGAUCGACAACUAGAAGAAGAUCGUAAAGCUGGAACGGCUCCAGCUAUGGUAGACGUACAGACUGGACGCGACAUCAAUCCACAUAUUCCAAUGUUCAUCUCUCAAAAUCCGUGGUAUGUUCCCAGUGAGGGACCUACCCUGAAGCAUCAACGUCCACAUGAAGAACGGCAGAAAAAUAUGACUCAAAUUCAUGAAUGGUAUCAGAAAGGAACAACGGGAAAAUCAGCGACCAAGUUCCGUAAAGGAGCUUGUGAAAACUGUGGUGCAAUGGGUCAUCAGAAAAGAGACUGUUUUGAUAGGCCGAGAAAAUCGAAUGCUAAAGAAACAAACGCCAACAUUGCUGAAGAUGACUAUGUUCAACCGAAGUUGUCCCUUGGUUUUGAUGCAAAGAGAGACAGAUGGAAUGGUUAUGAUCCUGCCACUCACAAACAAGUAAUCGAAGAUUACGAACAUUUGGAAGAAGCGAGAAAAGUUGUGAAAGAACAUGAAAUGAAGGAAGGAGAAUCAGAAGUUCCAACAACUGAGGAAGGAGCUCCAAAAGACGAAGAUAUGUACGCAGAAGACGCUGAUAUGGCUGGAGUAUCCGUUGACAUGGAUUCCCGUACGAGAAUCACUGUCAGAAACUUGAGAAUUCGAGAAGACACUGCUAAAUAUCUCUAUAAUCUUGCUGAAAAUUCUCCUUACUACGAUCCAAAAUCUCGCUCUAUGCGUGAAAAUCCUUUUGCCGGAGUAGCUGGAAAAGAACUAGAAGCUGCUCGUUUCUCAGGUGACAACUUUGUUCGCUACUCUGGCGAAGUGACAGCGGCUAACGAAGCUCAAGUUUUUGCCUGGCAAGCUACACGUGGUGGAGUUUAUGCUCAUUCGAUUGCUGAACCAACCAAACUGGAAGCCUUGAAAAAAGAAUACGAGAAAGGGAAAACAACCUUGAAAAACGAAACACAAAAAGAAUUGCUGGAUAAAUAUGGAGGUGGAGAGCACAUGGAGCGGCCUGCUGACGAACUUCUCCUCGCACAAACCGAGUCUUACAUCGAGUACAAUCGAAAAGGAAAAGUUAUCAAAGGAAAGGAGCGUGCAGCUAUCAGUUCUCGGUUCAAAGAAGAUAUUUACCCACAGAACCAUACAUCUGUUUUCGGUAGUUUCUGGAGAGAAGGAAACUGGGGUUACAAGUGCUGUCAUCAAUUUGUGAGAAAUUCGUAUUGUACUGGAAAGCAAGGAGUAGAUGCCGAGUCCAGUGCUGCAAAGGGUACAACAACAUCGAAUGAACAAGUGUUCAAAGCGCCAAAACUUGUGGAGCCGACAGAAGUGAAGGAGGAAGAAAUGGUGAAAGAAGAAUCUGAAGAAGAAGAAGAGUCCGUAGAACCCACUAAAUCGCCUACGCCUUCUGACGAUGAAGAAAAAAUGAAACAGUACGAAGAAGAACGACGAUUGGAGAAGGAACGGAGAGAACGUGAGCAAAGAAGACGCGACAAAAACCGAGAGAAGCGAGGAAGAAAGAAGGCAAAAUUGGGAAAACGAAAGAGGCGUCAUCGUGAUUCAGAUGAAGACAGUAACUCUUCCGGUAGCAGCGAUUCCGAAUCGGACUCCGAUAAAGAGAGAAAAGAGACGCGCAGAGCAUUAAAGAAAGCAAAUCGAGAACGCGCUGAAGGAAUGAAAGCAGCCAAGGAGGGUGAUCGUGGGAGGAAGUACAACACAGACUACUCAAACACUGCUCCCACCGAGAAGGAAAUGGAAGCUUACCGGAUGACAAGCGUUCACUCAGCUGAUCCUAUGGCUGCUUAUAUGAAUUCCAAGUUUGAAAAGAAACACUGCAAGUAG